AUGCCCGACCUGGGCUUCAACCGGUCGUCGCCGCGCCGCGACGCCAGCGCGAGCUCCAAGCGCAACAGCAUCACCGACCGCGUGCGCAACUCGUUCCUCAAGGCGCGCCAGGACACACAGGCGUCGAUCCAGCGACGGACCUCGACGGCGUCCGGCAAGCCCACGCAGUCGCCCAUUGCCCGCAUCCGUGACUGGCUGGACACGUGCAACCGCGAGCACGAUCACCACUGCAGCCCGCCCAGCGCGUCCAAGACGGACGACGAGGUCGACACUUUCCGCCCCGCCUGGCUCAUUGACUCGACGGACCGCUGCCUCGUCCGCAGCAGACCAGGCGACCGCUAUGUGGCGCUGAGCUACGUCUGGGGCGGCGGCGCGCGCACCGAGACGGGCGACAUUCGCCUCGCCAAGGCCAACGUCGACGUGUACGAGGACGCCCUGCCCGAGGCGGAUCUGCCGCAGACCAUCCUCGACGCCAUGUGGACGGCGCGCAAGCUGGGACUACGGUAUCUCUGGGUGGACCAGCUGUGCAUCACGCAGGACGACAAGGACGAGAUGGAGAGUCACACGCAGCACAUGGCCUACGUAUUCGCCAACGCCUACCUGACGCUCGUGGCCGCCCAUGGCGACGUGCACACCGGCCUCAUCCCGCUGAAUCCGCGCCGGCAAGGGCCGCGAGGACUGGGGUCCGGGACGGAGAACCACGCCGAUCUGGUGCGGCAGUCCAAGUGGAGCACGCGAGGCUGGACGCUGGAGGAGGCAUACUAUUCACGGCGCAAGGUCUUCUUCUUUGAGGACGCCAUCACCUGGGAGUGUCAUUGCGAGCUGUGGCAGGGCGCUCCGGCGGCGGCGGCUGCGCGGGGACGCAGGACCGCGUGCGCGCAUCCCCUGUCCGAGGCGGCGUUUGCGUGGCGGCACGCGCCGUGGCCAGACCUGGACGAAUACGCACGCAUCGCGGCGGACUACAGCGCGCGCCGCGUGACGAGGGUGGACGACACGCUCAAGGCGUUUGCCGGCAUCACGCAUGUGCUGUCGAGGGUGUUUCCGGGGGGGUUUCUAUACGGCAUGCCGCUCAUGUUCCUGGACAUUGCGCUGCUGUGGCGGCCGCAGGCGUCGAUGCGGCGGCGCGCGGUCAUCCAGCCGCCAUUCCUUCCGUCUUGGUCGUGGAUGGGGUGGUGGUUCGACGGGGUGCCGGUCGACCUCGUGCUGUGGCGCGCGGCGGCGGACUACGUGGUGGACAAGACGGGGGACGGCACAUCGCCGCGGCUGCAGUCGCCGCACGCCUUCAAGAUCAAGCCGACGGUGACGUGGGCGCUCACGGACCGGACGGCCAGCGCGCCCGUGACGAACAAUGGGCUGCACUUUCGCGACCUGCGCUCGCGGCGGAGCUCGGUGUCGUCGUACCCGCCCGGCUGGACGCGCGUGGGACCACACUUUCAGCACGACAGCGACGACCUCACGCUCUUCAAGUACCCGAUCCCCGUGGAGGAGCCGCCCGAGGACGGGGUGGCCUACCCAGCGCCGGCGGGGGAGCUGGCGUUCCCAGGCCCCUACCUGUCGUUCCGGACGACGAGCGCGCUGUUCGAGGUGGACUACGACGCGACGCUGUCGACGCGCGAGGCGGCCAUGAACCCGCCGGUGGCGGUGGGCAACCUGUGGUCGCGGACGACGCAGCGGUGGGCGGGCAGCUUCCGGGCGCACGACGGGUGGCUGGGGAUCCAGUCGUCCAACUACGAGGGGGACGAGGUGCUCGAGUUUGUGGCGAUUUCGACGGCGACGGAGCGGCGGGGCUCGCACGUCUUCAGCGCGGCGCAGUUUGCGGCCAACAAGGACGCCGAUGACUUUGUCGACAUUGUCAACGUGCUCUGGAUCGAGCGCAUCGGCGGCGUCGCCUACCGCCGGGGGCUGGGGCACGUCCUGCGCAAGGCGUGGGAGGGCGCCGAGCCGGAGGAGGUGGACGUCCUGUUGGGGUGA